UGUUGUAGUUCGCCGCCCGUGAGGGCGGGGCGCUCCCGGCAUGCCUUGCGCUUGGGGACUGGUUCCGGCGGCGGCGCUCACCGGGCGCAGUGUAUUGGAAUCCCAGAGUUCUCUACAGCAAGAGAAAACUUCCAGCAAAGUCUUUUCAGCAGCAGUUAUUUUUUCGGGCUGAGGAGUCAAUCAAAGUUGAGGGCAGGAUGUCGGAGCUGAGCGACGAGGCCAGCGAGUCGGAGCUGCUGAGCCGCAGCCUCUCCAUGUGGCACGGGGUGGGGCCCGUGCUGUGCCGGGAGGAGCUGGACGUGCCCCUGGACCUGCACACCGCCUCUUCUGUCGGGCAGUACCAAGUGGUGCAGGAGUGCAUCCAGCGUGGAGACCUGGAUUUGAACCAGAGGAACUGUGGGGGCUGGACCCCACUCAUGUACGCUUCCUACAUUGGCCAUGACAACAUCGUGCACCUGCUGCUGGAAGCAGGAGUGAACGUGAACAUCCCCACCCCAGAAGGCCAGACUCCCCUCAUGCUGGCCUCCAGCUGUGGCAAUGAGAGUGUUGCUUACUUCCUUCUACAGCAAGGGGCAGAGCUGGAGAUGAAGGACAUCCAUGGCUGGACUGCCUUGUUCCACUGCACCAGUGCCGGGCACCAGCAGAUGGUCAAGUUCUUACUGGAGAAUGGGGCAAAUGCCAACUGCAAGGAGCCAGUGUAUGGAUACACACCUCUGAUGGAAGCAGCUGCUUCUGGCCAUGAGAUAAUUGUUCAGUACCUUCUCAAUCAUGGAGUGAAGGCAGAUGUCAGAGACAACACUGGAGCCACAGCACGGACCCUGGCCAUGAAGUAUGGCCACACCAAGAUUGUGGGGCUGAUAGAUUUGCAUGCAGCCCCAGUGCCCAAGGUCUUCUGCAGAGGUCCAGGCAACUAUGAGGAGCUGAGUUCUUCAGAUGAAUCAUAUUCUGCUCCCCAGAGACAGAGACCUGCUCGUAGGACCAAGGGUCCCAGCAUCCAUGAGGGGCCCCAGGCCUUGGCCAAGAUCACAGCAAUUGGCAUGGGGAGAUGGAAGCAGUCUUGCUAUGAGCAGGUGCCCCCUCAGGGCUAUGUCACCUUCAAUGAUGCCAGCUGUGCAUCAGGUGUCAUCCGGAACAGGGACGUCACCUCCCCAAUCAACGAGCUGGACGUGGACAGCAGCAGCAGCAGGGAGGAUAGUGCUUUGUCCAGCAACAGCCUGGGAACCAUCAGGAGCAGCAGCAGCAGCAGUGAAUGCCUAAUUAGAAUCCCGGGAGUCAGCAGUGAAGGCUCCUUGGAAAGCAAUGAGGACUCUGAUCACACCAACAGCCCCCCGAGUCGGAAACAAGCCAAGAGCUUUAAGGGCAAGACCCGCUACAGCAACAGUGACAGCCAGUGGAGCCACUGCCUGGGGAAGACCGGGGGCUGCUGCCAGCACCUGGUCCUUCCUGAGCCCCCGGCCUACACAGGGCCCCAGGACCUGGCAACAUUCCUUGAGGAGAUUGGGUGCCUGAAGUACCUGCAGGUGUUUGAGGAGCAAGAUGUGGACCUCCGGAUCUUCCUGACCCUGACAGAAAGUGACCUGAAGGAAAUAGGCAUCACGCUGUUUGGCCCCAAGAGGAAGAUGACCUCGGCCAUUGCGCGCUGGCACAGCAGUGCCCGCCCGCCCAGCGACGCGCUGGAGUUGGCCUACGCUGAUCGACUGGAGGCAGAGAUGCAGGAAUUGGCCAUCCAGCUGCACAAGAGGUGUGAAGAGGUGCAGGUGAUGAAGGGCCAGGUGUGCCAGGAGCAGAAGCUGCGUGCAGUGGCCGAGAGCUGUUUGAUGGAGCGGGAUGAGACCUGGAAUGCCAUCCAGUGCCAGCUCAGAGAGGCUCAGGCCAUCACCAAGGAUGCUGGAGUCCUGCUGGAUCAGAUCAAGAGCUGCCAGGCAGAGCUGUCAUCCCGGCUGGCCCCGGAGCAGGCGGGCGAUGGAGCGCCGGACACGCGGGAGCAGCGCGGCACCGGGGAGAGCCGGCGGCCCGGGGAGCGCCCAGUUCUGGAAGGGUGGCCACCUUCCCUGAAGUCCCUGAGCUUGCCUGAGCUGUCAGCUGUGCUGGAAGAGUGUGUGGGAGAGAUGGGAAAAGCUCUGCAGACUGUGACUCAAAACCUCCAAAAGCUCCAAGCCCUGGGGCAGAGCGGGCAGAGCUGGCCAAAGCCAUAACCAAGCCAGGAGGGAAUACUGACGUCGGGUGACUGUUCCACCCGGAAGCUGAGUGUACCUGGGAAAGGGAGCACGGGGCUGUGCCGGCAGCACCACGGCUCUGCCGACGGCCACUGCAGCUGGCAGGGCACCGAGGAGGCUGUGGCCACCAGAGAACACAGCUGGGAGCAUGAGGGACAGCAGAGGACAACAACCAGCUGCUCUUUGGGCCUGACUCAAGGCUCCCAGGAUCUUUAUUUGAAAGGUUUAGGUUUGGAGGAGAAGCUCCAAGCCUAGAAGUUUUGUCUGCCUUAAGCUUCCUGCAGCCCUUGUUGUUCAGGUCUGAGUGGUGGUAGAAAGGUGACAGUUGCACAAAGCAAUCAAUUCAUUAUACUUUUCUGCAUCCCAAGCUCCCUACAGCCUCUGAAACGUGUCCCUGGCUCCUCCUGUGCCAUGGGGAUUGGCCCAGAGAAUGGAUCUGAGGCCAUAAAAAAGGUAGUUUGUUGUGGAGGGUUGAAAGGAGUGGAGUUUGUGAUGUUUGGCUCUUGGAGCUGCAGUGGAGCUCAAACUGCAGCCCUGUUCCUAGUUGGAAUGUCUGCUCUACUGCCACCCCAGAUCUGUGCUUCAAAGCCUGUUCCUCCAACCAGCCCACUCUGGUUCACUUUGGGUUCUUGCUGUCCUCAGGAGCUGGGUGUGAUCACGUUGGUGGUUUAGGAAUGGCAUUCACUGAAACACUCCCAACUCACCCACUCCCCCUCCUCACCUCCUCUCCCCUGGGGUGGGAUGGAGAGGAGAACUGGAGGCACAAAAGGAGAAGAUCACUGGUAGAAAUAAAAGCAUUUUAUGGGAAACAGCAGCAAGAUAAGGAACAGCUACAGCAACAACAGUAAUAACAGCUGUGUACUGGAGAAGUCCUGGGCCUGCAGAAAUGAGCCCUGCCCUGGCCAGAACCAGGACAUCACUGUUACUCCAUCCCCAAGAACUUGGCUUUGUGGUCAGUGCUCUAGGGAGAGGUCAUUGGCCUGGUUUGCCAGGGCCAAGAUCCCAGCAAGGCAGGGAUCCCCUGGAAGGACCGGGAGAGAGAAGGAAGAGCUGGGACUGUUGAGCUUCCCAUGCCUCUGGCAAGCGGGGGAGUGCCAAGGCAGCAGAGCAGGAAGAGGAAUAGCUCUGUGCCCCCAUGGGAUGUGGGCAAAGGAACCACAGCCCAGAGAGAGCUAUGGCUUUACCUCACCACUGCCUGCCUUUGAUGUGCAGGCUUUAGUGCUGGGGAAGAGUUCUGCCAGGGCAUUUGUGGUGGGCAUUGCCAAGGACAGGCAGUGCAGGAAGAGGCUGCCCUAUCCCUGGGAGUGGGUGAGGGUGCCAGGGACCUUGGUGUAGUGUGCUUUCCAGUGACUGUUCCCAUUUACUCCUGAAUCCUGUAAGGGGGAAAAACACAACAAUCAAAAUCUGAAGUGAUUUUCCAAAAUAUGAAGUGAGUGAUGAUGUUGAUGAAUCAUGGUAAGUCCCUUUGGGAAGAGGAUGGAACUGUGUGUUCCUUCUGGUAUUUGGACUUUGGGCACAGAUCCCAAAUAUAAAAACCCAUCCAGCUCCAUCUUUUCAGCUGGUCAGCCCUUCUGAGUCCCUUCAGGCAGGGGUGCAACUGGUCUGCCUGCACUGCCAGGCAGGUAUGGCCCUCUCAGCUGUGCCUGGCAGUGUCCCCCCCUCUGGGUGCUGCCUCCUGCCCAUGCUUACCUCCCACCCUCAGCACAGGGCACUCUUUUUUCAUCUUGAGCAAUGCCAUGGAGCAUGUGGGCACCCAGUGCCAGCUGCAGGGUGAGGCUGCAGGAGUUUCACCCUGAAGAGUUUGGAUGAGGCAGAGGGAAUUCUCCUUGGGCAGCACUCCUGGAAACUCCUCAGAGGGCUGAGGCUGUGCUGGGGCGCAGAGUUUUGAAGGCUUUGUCCCUCAUUCCCUGUCACUGGGGAGUCCCAAGGUCUCUCCCUAGCCUUGGUGGUGCCUCUGGCUGCAGUAAUAUGGGGUUGUUAAUGCUGUUUCCCUUGAAGUUAAGGCAAACCCCCCAAAAAACUCCUAAGGGCAAAGCUCUGGCUCAGCAGUGCCCUCAGAACGGGGGCUGUGCAGAAUAGUGGCUGGAAGGUGAUUACAGGGAUUUGGGGCUUGCUUUGCUAAGUCUGAGGCUGGAAUCAAGGGGGUUUGGGGGAUUAAUCCAAUCCCAAUUAAUCCCAGGAUCUAUCCAAUACAUCAGAAUACCUGGGAAAAGGGGGGAGAGGUGGCAGUGUGUGUGUGAAGGAAAAAAGCCCCAAAGAGGGGCUGCAGGUGUAAAGGCUUCAAGGGUGUGAGAGCACCCAAGGGCCCAGCAGGGAGGGAAUUCCUUAACUGCAGGCUGUGAAGCAGCAUUCCUUGCAGCUAGGGUGGCUGUGCAGGCAGCAGGAGUCUGGUGCUACCCUAAGGUGAGCUGUCUGAGAAAAAUAGCAUUUGCUGAUUUGGAUGAAUGAAUAAAAACUGAGAAGCCUG